UUUGAGGGGGGGUCCUCGAUGUGGGUAGUGGGCAGGGGUGUGGCUCCGUGUGCUGCUUGUCCCCCUCCAUGUCCCCAGACCUGCCUCAUUCCUUCCUCCUGGGAAAAGUUGGGGUGCUCCCCUGCUUGUCAUCCCCUCCUUUUUGCACCCGUUUUUUCCCCGUUGGGGGGUGGGAGGGGGAGCAGCACCUUGUACCGGUGAGGGGCAGAAGGCGGAAGAAAGGAUUGGGAUAAGUAGAGCCAGGACGGAUAUGGAUCCGGCACCUCCCCGUUGGCAGCAGGGGGUAGAACGGGAUCUGCCUUGAGAACUGGCUCCUUGGUGGCCUGGGACCCCCGCCAAGGCUGGCGUGGGGUUUGGGGGUGCUUGCCAAAUGUGGAGACGGGGAGAGAGGGGGUGGCAAGGGACGGUCCCUCCCCGUGUUGUCCCGACUCACGCGGGCAGGGCAGGGCACCGUGGUGGGUGUGACGGUGGCGGACGUCCUCUUCGAUCCCGGCACCGUCGGCUGCGCCCGGAGCCGAGUGGCCCCUUGGUGAGCUCCUACUGCUGGCACCUUGGGGUGCAGGGACAUCGCCGCAGCCACCGCCAUGGCCGAGGACACCGAGGGGGUCCCCUCCCUGGAUUGCGUCAUCUGCUUUGCCCCCUACGAUCGUCUCUUCAAGGUGCCCAAGGUGUUGGGGUGCGGUCACACCUUCUGCCUCGAAUGCCUGGCCAGGGUCACCGUGGUGGCCCCCGCCGCCCCCACCUUGCUCUGCCCCAUCUGCCGCCGCCCCACGGCGUUGCCCCGCUGCCGCGGACCCCCGGCUUUGCCCACCCGUGCCGAUCUCCUGGCUCUCCUACCCCCUGGCCCCACCGGCUCCGUCCGCUUCAGCCGUCCUAAGGGGCUGCUCUACGUCCCCCCCGGGCACCCCAAACCCGCCGACCAGGUCCCCACUGUGACCCUCAGCCUGGAAUUGGGGCGACCCGAGCCCCCCGCUCCCCCCAACCGGGGCUGGCCCUGGAUCUCUGGUCGGUGGUCUCUGUACCGAGCGGUGGCUUUGAUGGUGGCCUUGGUGGUGGGAGGGGGUUUGGUGCUCUGCGGAGUCUUCCUCUUCUUCCUCCAGCCCGUGGCAUGCAGUGAGGGAGGGCCAGUGACAAACAGCACCUGGGGAGAGCUGGGCUGGCCCCCAUAUUAAGAGGGCCCCCCCCAUCCCACGGCAGAGCCCCCCCUUUCUAUGUCGUGGACCCCCACGUUGUCUUGGUGGCCCACGGACCCCCCCCCCCCCAGGGACGAGUCCCUGUUCCCCUGUGGACUCUGAGCUCAUGCCGCUGCCCAUGUGUGGCUCUGGGGGGGGGGCACCCACCUUGGAGUCAGGAUUUUGCUGGGGGGGGGGCCACAGGACCAGCCCUGUCUCCCCUGUAUUAAACGGGUUGUUUUCCUGGA